GGGAUAUAAUUUUUUUUUUUUUUUUUUUUUUUUUUUUUUUUUGUGAUAAUGAUGGAAGAGAAAAAAGUAUGAGUAUAAGAUGAAAAGUAGAUGGAGAUAAAUGGUAAGUGAUGAUGAUACUGAAAACAGAGAUUUUGAUUUGGUUUGAUAGCAACGCUUAAUCCGUUCAUUGGCCUCCCCCUCUGCAUGUGCGAGCUGAAGAUUGGCUCCAGCAAGUUGCCCCCGCGUUUUCUGAAACCGCCCGCUCUAUGAUCCACUGAAGAACCAAAUAUUUUUGCGGUUACUGAGUGGACUUUACAGAUUCCAUUUUCGACCUUCGAAACUUGGUCGCCGGAGGGAGUUUUCUUCGCUUCAGCGACAGGUACGAGCUCUGUUUUUUCAGUUUCUGACUAUUUACUGAUGUGUGGUUGCUGCAUUUUGUCGAAUUCGACAUCGGUUUUCUUUUAGUUUAGAUUUGAGGAUUGUUGUUUUCAUGGUUUUUUGUUGGUGUUUGUUUGAAGUUCUUCGUUUAGGGUGUACUGAUUCAGUGUUUUUGAUGUGGAUUCUGUCAAUUUGAAGCGAUUUGGAUGAGAUUGGUGAUAUGGAUUUGGAUUACAUUGUGAGGUUUAUGUUUAAAAUGAUUUUCGAAUCGGGAAUGGAAGUGUAGUGUACUGGAUUUUGUGCUUGUUUAAGGGUCUGUGAAUUGGACUAUGGCUUCACCUUCUCCUUCUCCGGCGGCGGAGUCUGCCAUAUCUUCCUCAUCUCCUACAUCUUCUGAGCCUAAUCAGUCCGGUGAACCUCCUUCAUCAUCUUCUAGUUCUUCAGCUCCGCCUCCUCAGUCACCACCACCAGCAGUUUCUGAUGCUCCUCCACCUUCUCCUCCAUUGUUAGCAUCACCACCUGCACCACCAAUAUCCCCUCCUUCUCCCCUUGCUGGUUCACCGUCUUCGCCUCCGCAAUCUUCGCCCUCACCGCCGCCACCUUCAGCAUCAACCUCCCCACCACCACAUUCAGCAUCCUCCUCUGCACCACCACCUUCAACAUCAACCUCUGCACCACCGCCUUCAACAUCAACCUCUGCACCACCGCCUUCAACAUCAACCUCUGCACCUCCGCCUUCAACAUCAACCUCUGCACCUCCGCCUUCAACAUCGACCUCUCCACCACCGCCUUCAAGAUCAACCUCUCCACCACCACGUUCAUCAACAUCACCACCACCUUCCUCUGCAUCACCUCCUCCCCCAAAACAAUCCGUUUCCUAUCCUCCUCCUCCCGAAGCUUCACCUCCCCCUUCUGAUUUAUCACCUCCGCCGCCGACACCACCAGCAGGUGGUUCUCCCCCUCCUCUAUCCAAUCCUAGACCUCCAUCUUCUACUCCCCCUCCCCCUGAUAUUAUUUCACCUUCUCCUCCUCCAUCAGCUAAUGUCCCAACACCACCUUCAUCAACAGGAGAAUCACCUAAAGUAUCUCCUCCAUCCCACAAGGCAUCUCCUCCUCCUCCUGAUCAUAGCUCCCCUCCACCAAGAUCUACAGUACCAUCGCCCCCUCCUUCUUCAGUCCCUUCAUUAUCUGCUCCUCCUCCAGUUAGUGAUCCUGGUUUUCCAACCAAUUCAUCAGGGGGAAGUCCUGUUACCCCUUCAACUUCUGUUACACCAGAAUGGCCAAUUCCAAUAAUCAAUGGUACCAGUGUUGCAACAAAUACCCCAACCACUGGUAAAAGGGGUUUCAGCACUGGAACAUUUGUGGCAGUUGGCAGCGUGGUUGGUGUUCUAGUGCUGAGUCUUGUUAUCAUGGCAAUUUGGUUUGUUCAGAAACGGAAGAGAAGAAAGAAGAAUAUCCCUUACACCGUGCCUUCUCCUUUUUCCUCCCAAAACUCAGAUGCCUUUUUCCUAAGAGCCCAUUCUUUUGCUAAUGUGGUUGGAAGUCGAACCGAUAGCGAUUUCAAGUAUGCGUCAUCAGAAGGAGGUGGAGUAGGUAAUUCAAGAUCGUUUGCUUAUGAAGAGCUACACCAGGCCACAAGUGGGUUUUCAUUGAAUAGUCUUUUGGGGGAAGGUGGAUUUGGUUGUGUGUACAGAGGCACCCUUGCAGAUGGACGAGAUGUAGCCGUUAAACAACUUAAAGUGGGUGGUGGACAGGGAGAACGAGAGUUCAGAGCUGAAGUUGAAAUUAUUAGCCGAGUACACCAUCGACAUUUGGUUUCCCUGGUUGGUUACUGUAUCUCUGACCAUCAAAGAUUGCUUGUCUAUGACUAUGUUCCAAACAAUACCCUUCAUUAUCAUCUGCACGGUGAAAACAGGACAGUUUUGGCUUGGGCUUCACGUGUUCGAAUUGCUUCUGGUGCAGCCCGGGGAAUCGCUUACCUACAUGAAGAUUGUCAUCCACGCAUUAUUCACAGGGAUAUUAAAUCGUCUAACAUUCUGCUUGAUAUCAACUUCGAAGCUCAGGUCGCAGAUUUCGGGCUUGCUAAAUUGGCGUUGGAUUCACUGACUCAUGUAACGACUCGUGUUAUGGGAACCUUUGGAUACAUGGCGCCAGAGUACGCUACAAGUGGGAAAUUGACUGAUAAAUCUGAUGUUUUCUCUUUUGGGGUUGUACUUUUGGAGUUAAUUACUGGUCGCAAGUCUGUAGAUUCUUCUCAGCCUUUGGGAGAUGAGAGCUUAGUUGAAUGGGCUCGACCGCUGCUGGCACAAGCUAUUGAGGAUGAGAACUUUGAAGAAUUGGUGGAUCCAAGGCUAGACAACAAUUAUGUCGACAGAGAAAUGUUUCGAAUGAUCGAAGCAGCCGCUGCCUGCGUUCGUCAUUCAGCCGUAAAGAGGCCAAGAAUGAGUCAGGUGGUGAGAGCUCUAGACUCUUUAGAUGAAAUGUCAGAUCUUUCGAAUGGGGUGAAACCUGGACAGAGUGAAGUGUUUGAUUCAGCUGAACAUUCUGCUCAGAUUAGAAUGUUUCAGAGAAUGGCUUUUGGCAGUCAAGAUUACAGUUAUGGUUACUCCGAACGAGAUCGAGAUCGAGAUCGGAGUCGAAGUUAUAGUCAAAGUCAGAGUAGCUGGAGUAGAGAAUCGAGAGAUCAAAGUCCAUCGGUGCCUAAUAAUCGAUCCCGGCACGUCUGAUAUGUGUGUAUGAAGCUCAUUUUACAUGUGUUGCAGAUUUUGGAGCUGGAAUCAGGUCCUACCAUUCAAUUCUUUGUAAAUCUCUGCUCAUUUUUUCCCAUCUUAGUUUUCUUUUGUUCUUGAAAGCUUGUUCUCCAUUUCAUUAUAUUUUCAAUUUUGAGGAGUAACUACAGAUGGAUGAACUAUUCUUUGUACAAUCAUUACAAUUAUUCGUAUAUGAAUUUUGAAGAAUGA